CCCGGCGUACGUUUGUGUGGUGCGCGCUGUCUUCGAGAGAUAGGCUCCCAGUGUCGCUCGAGAUCUUGUCCCUUUGACGUUUGUUCGCUCGCUCGCUCGAGAAGCGUUUUCUCGUUUUCACUUGAAACCGGUCGGAUCAGUGAAAAGUAGUCGAGAUGACGAUGGCAACGGAGACAGAGAACACCGGGCCGGAGAGUAAGGAGAUUAAGGACGUGAAGGAGAUGAAAGAGGCGUUGAAGGACGAAACGCCGCCGGACAACAAGCAAGAGGAGAAAGACGCGGCGAAGAAGGAAGAAAGUGGGAAAAAGGAGGAGACCGCCGACGCCGCGGCUGCUACGCCAUCCUCCGCACCGACCAAGGCUAUCAGCGUGCAUAAGACCAACUUCGAGAAGGACGUUGUUUAUCUCUAUCAGUUCUCCCGAAUCCCGCUUCUGCCCUCUAUCUCGCCGUAUUGUCUCAAAGUGGAGACAUGGUUGCGACUCAACGGCCUCAAAUACGAGAAUGUGGACCAUAAGAUAAAAUUUCGCUCCAAGAAGGGCGCGCUGCCGUUCGUCGAAUUGAAUGGCGAGGAGAUUGCGGACAGCACGAUCAUUCUUCGUGAGCUGAGCCAGAAAUUCGGCAAAGACCUGGAUGUAGGACUGACGUCCGAGCAACGAAGCGUUUCUCACGCAAUGAUAUCGAUGAUUGAGAACCACCUUGUCUGGGUGGUCACGUGCUGGCGCACCAAGAAUCUUGACCAGGUUCUGAAGGGUUACAAGGUGAACCUUCAGCACGCGCUUGGCACUCGCAUCCCCAAUGGUAUUCUGAACUUUUUCUUCAAGCUUACGUUCGGACGUAAGGGCACGAAGAAAGUGAAGGCACAGGGUAUGGGUGUGCAUACCCCUGAAGAAGUGUCCCAAUUCGGUUGUACCGAUCUUAAGGUUCUCUCCGACAUGCUUGCUGACAAGCCGUUCUUCUUUGGAGACGAACCAACUACGUUGGACGUGGUGGCGUUUGCGCAUCUUGCUCAAAUCCUCUACAUCGACAAGGACACAUCUUACAGCUUACGAGACUACAUGCAGGAGAACUGUCCGAACCUGGUCGGGCAUUGCUCGCGCAUGAAGGAACGAUGCUUCCCGGAUUGGGACGAGAUCUGCUCCACCCUCGACAUGAACACACAUCUACCGAAGCCGGAGAAGCAGGAGGAGAAGGAGGGCAAGGAGGAGGCGAAGGAGUCGAAGGAGUCAAAGGAAGAGAAGGAGGGUGACAAGGAGAAGGCAGACAAGGAGGAGAAGGAGUUGGAGAAGGAGGGCAAGGAGGUUGACGAGAACAAAGAAAAGGAGAAAGAAGGGAAAUAAGCUGUCUCGAUGGGAUAAGAAGCAGAAUAAGUCGUUCAAAAAAUAAGGAGAAAAAAAAAACAGAUAAAAGGGGAAAAGAAGAUUUAAAAACUGCGGAAAAUUGAGGGUGUGAUCUGGUGAGAUAUGUGGGUGAGGGAGGGGAAUGGGGAGAGGUAGAGGAUGAGAGGAAGAAUGCGUACGUGUACGAGUGUGAAUGUGUUCUGCGUGAAUGUUCAACGUAAAGAAAUGGAAGGAGAGAGAGAGCGAAAGAGAGAGAAAGAGAGAAUGUGUAGAGAGCAUGAGAGAUAAAGGGGGAAGGGGAUAAAAUGCGUAUGAAAGAGAGAGCGAAAGGGAGAGAAAAUAUGCGCGUGUGUGUGUGUGUGUGUGAGAGAGAGAGAGAGAGAGAGAGAAAAUUCGACGAGUGCAAGAGAAAGAGAGGGAUAGGGGGGUUUCAGGUUUAGAGCUCUCUACUAUACGUAUAGAUAUUAAUAGACUCAUAAUGUUAAAUACUUCGUUUAUAUACGUUCGUAAUACGUUACGCCAUUUCUCAUCUACACCCCAGCACACCCGAUCGAACAACAACAACAAACUUUAUUAUUAUAUUUGACCCAGGGCCCUUUUUCCCCCCGCGAGAAAAAUAAUAUAAGAAAGAUGAUAAAAAAAAAAUGAAGGCAAGAAUAAUAACAGAACGGGGCUAUCUCAUAAGUCAUUAGAAUAUCGUAGGUUUUGCAAUAUAUCAAAUGCAAUAGCCUGACACAUGCAGGUGUGUGAGAGAUCUUCUUCGAUGAACUUGUGGCCAAAAUAUGCAUCGUACCAUCGUGCUAGAAGACAUGAUGCGUGUUGUACACGAUGCAGUUUUUAAACUCGAAGGAGCGAGAUCAUUUAUGGUUGCGAUACA